GUCAGCAGUUGGCUUGGUGUUCCUGUCAACAGAGCCUCCUGGAGCCAGUGCUUAGCUCAGCUGAAGCCAGAGGAGGAAGGAGGAGAAGCACAGCCUAAUCAGGAAUGUUCACCCUUGCAGAAGUUGCAUCGCUCAAUGACAUCCAGCCAACCUAUCGUAUCUUGAAACCAUGGUGGGAUGUAUUUAUGGAUUAUCUAGCUGUGGUUAUGUUAAUGGUUGCCAUUUUUGCUGGAACCAUGCAGCUGACCAAAGACCAGGUGGUCUGCUUGCCUGUUUUGCAGUCUACUGUAAAUUCCAAAGCACAACCAGGCAUGUCAGGGAAGGCUGACUUUACCACUGUUGAAACAACCACUGGUCAAGGAGAAGACAUGUCAGUGAGAACGGUUUCCUUUGGAAGUGCAUCUACUGUAACACCUGAUGUACCUCUGAGCAGACCUGCUUCUUCUCAGUCUCAACCCACUGAAUCGGGCCAGGAGCCGAAGAAGGAGCAGAAAGAUUCUUUAGGCCGUAAAACAAAUCUGGAUUUUCAGCAAUACGUGUUUAUUAACCAGAUGUGCUACCAUUUGGCUCUUCCGUGGUAUUCAAAGUAUUUUCCCUAUCUGGUUCUCAUCCAUACUAUCAUUUUAAUAGUCAGUAGCAAUUUUUGGUUCAAGUAUCCCAAGACUUGUUCAAAAAUUGAACAUUUUGUGUCUAUAUUAGGGAAGUGCUUUGAGUCCCCAUGGACUACAAAAGCAUUGUCUGAAACGGCAUGUGAAGACUCGGAGGAGAACAAACAGAGGUUAACUGGUGCCCAGUCCCUGCCCAAGUACGUUUCCACUAGCAGCGAUGAAGGAAGCCCAAGUGCCAACACUCCCAUGAUAACAAAGUCUGGCUUCAAAUUUUCAGCUGACAAGCCAAUGAUUGAGGUUCCCAGUGUCACUAUUUUAGAUAAGAAGGACGGAGAACAAGCCAAAGCGCUGUUUGAGAAAGUCCGCAAGUUCCGUGCUCACGUGGAGGACAGCGAUCUGAUUUACAAGCUCUACGUUGGCCAGACUAUCAUCAAGACUGUCAAGUUCAUAUUUAUUCUCUGCUAUACUGCAAACUUUGUCAACACUAUUAGCUUCGAACACAUCUGCAACCCAAAAGUGGAACACCUGAUUGGCUACACGCAGUUUGAAUGUACGCACAACAUGGCUUACAUGCUGAAGAAGCUGCUUAUCAGCUAUAUUUCCCUCAUUUGCGUCUAUGGUUUUAUCUGUCUCUACACUCUCUUCUGGCUCUUCCGAAUACCUUUGAAAGAAUAUUCCUUCGAAAAGGUCAGAGAAGAGAGUAGCUUCAGUGAUAUUCCUGAUGUCAAGAAUGAUUUUGCCUUUCUCUUGCAUAUGGUAGAUCAGUACGACCAGCUGUAUUCUAAGCGAUUCGGCGUCUUCUUGUCCGAGGUAAGCGAGAACAAGCUCCGGGAAAUCAGUUUAAACCACGAGUGGACUUUUGAGAAGCUGCGGCAGCACGUCUCCCGCAACGCCCAAGACAAGCAAGAGUUGCACCUCUUCAUGCUGUCGGGGGUCCCUGAUGCAGUGUUCGACUUGACGGAUCUGGACGUUUUGAAACUCGAGCUGAUUCCCGAAGCAAAGAUCCCAGCGAAAAUUUCUCAGAUGACGAAUCUUCAGGAGCUUCAUCUGUGCCACUGCCCUGCGAAGGUCGAGCAGACUGCCUUCAGCUUCCUCCGGGACCACUUGAGAUGCCUUCAUGUGAAAUUCACAGAUGUUGCAGAAAUUCCCGCCUGGGUGUAUUUGCUCAAAAACCUCCGUGAAUUGUACUUGAUAGGCAACUUGAACUCUGAAAACAACAAAAUGAUAGGGCUCGAAUCUCUAAGAGAGUUGAGACACCUUAAAAUUCUCUAUGUGAAGAGCAAUUUGACCAAAAUUCCCCCCAAUAUCACAGACGUGGCGCCACAUCUGACGAAGCUAGUCAUUCUGAACGAUGGCACUAAGCUCGUGGUACUCAACAGCCUUAAGAAAAUGACUAAUGUUGCGGAGCUGGAGCUGCAGAACUGUGAACUGGAGAGAAUCCCCCAUGCCAUCUUCAGCCUCUCUAACUUACAGGAACUGGAUUUAAAGUCGAAUAGCAUACGCACAAUUGAAGAAAUCAUUAGUUUCCAGCACUUAAAAAGAUUGACUUGUUUAAAGCUGUGGCACAAUAAAAUAGUUAACAUUCCUUCCUCCAUUACUCACGUAAAGAAUUUAGAGUCUCUCUAUCUCUCCAAUAACAAACUCGAAUCCUUACCAGCUGCAGUGUUCAGUUUACAGAAACUUAGGUGUUUAGAUGUAAGCUACAACUCAAUCGCGUUGAUCCCGGCGGAAAUAGGUUUGCUUCAAAAUCUGCAGCAUUUCUACAUUUCAGGAAACAAAGUCGACACUUUGCCAAAACAGUUGUUUAAAUGUGUUAAAUUGAGGACUUUGUGUCUGGGACAAAACUGCAUUACCUCAAUCCCAGAUAAAGUUGGUCAACUGUUGCAGCUGACUCAUCUGGAACUGAAGGGAAACUGCUUGGAGUACCUGCCAGCCACUCUGGGGCAGUGUCAGCUUCUCAGGAAAAGCGGGCUCGUGGUGGAAGAUCACCUCUUUGACACUUUGCCCUCAAAAGUUAAAGAGAUGUUGAAUCAAGACACAAGCAUUCCUUUUGCUAAUGGGAUUUAGGCCGAGGUGAAAUGCUUGGUAGCUGACUUCCAAACGGCAGAUGCUGAGAAGUAUGGCAGUUGUUGAAACCAUGCAUUUUAGACAGCAGAGUUCCUUGGAAGGCAGGACUACCAGCAGGAUUAGCAGAGGUGUAACUGAGUGUUCGAUGUUUGCAGUGUUUUAAAAGAUUCUUUCCAAAAUUUUUUGAAAGGAUAAAGAACCUUAAUAAUCUCAAUUCUUUUUUUCCUUAAAUUGUUUGUAACUUGGAUGCUGCCGCUUUUGAAUGUUUACAAAUUUGCUUGCCUGCUUAAAGUAAAUUAUUAAAUUGACCUUUUCUUACUAUGCAAGUUAUUCCUUAAGGUCUGGAUUUACUUUAGUGCAUUUCGGGGUGGGGGGGGAAAAAAAAGGACAAAUGUUCUGUGUGGUAUAGUUCUGACAGCACUUGAAACACAUGUCCGUGUGUGUUGGUAGUGUUUAGCCAUUCUCAGCAAAUGAAACCAGUUUGGCUGUGCUUUUGAACUGCACCAGAACCACCAUUUUCCUGCAUUAAGGUAUGUGGUUUGCAUCAGGCCAAGUGUCUUUGCCUUCAUUCCUCAUUCUCUCAAGGCCUCAUGUUGUUGGAUGAGAUUCCUUCUGUGGUUCAGUGUGCUAUUCCUUCACACCUGCAAAGACUGGUCUCAUUCCUGCAACUGGUCUCCCCCUCAGCUUCUGUAAUGUCCCUCUGUCCCACGCAGCAGUGGGUGGUAAAAGGGAGAAUACUGCCACUUGGCUUUCCAGUUGGGGAUAGUUUUGAUAUUUGAACUGUUUUGCAAGGUGACUUUGAAAGCCAUUAAACACCAAGUGACUUUACUACUCAUGUGUUGCCCCUCUUCUGAGUUUCCAUCUGGGAAAUCUAAGGCAUUUUAUGAGUUGGUGAUUGUUUUAUUUCACAGCCCUUGAUUAAGAACUGGUGCACCUGCUCCAUUUACUGCAGUAAUGACAGAGACGUAAGAGGUACGACUUAACCCAAGCAGGACUCAGUUUUAUCACCUAUUGUGGGGUGUCUUCUACACCUGGACUUUGACCAUAGUACCACUCUUCUUCCCCCUCCCCAACCCAAGUAGUUUGAGGUUUCUGAAUGCUUAUGCACUAUUAGAAAAGCCUGUGUGCCAGAUAAAGCAAAAAGCAGACAGCAUUAAGCGUGGGAUUUUUUUUUCCCUUCUGGUAGUGUUUUGGGUUUUUUUCAAACUGAGUUUGCAUUGCCAGAACUAUUAAAGAAAUAUAAUCCGUUAAAUCUGCAGUAUCAUCAGUUGUAAAUCUUGGCCAUUUACAUUCCAUGUGUGCAGAAAAGAAGUACUAUGCUGGGAGAUGAUUACAUGAUUACUCAUGGUUUAAACACAAUUCCCUAUUGUAGUGUGGUCAGGACUGAACUAGUCUGUAGUUCAAGGGACUGUUGUUCUCACACAGAAAUCCUCAUGCACAGUGAUUUCUGCUGUAACUUCACCAGAGCUGCCCUGACUUACACCACUAUUAAUGAUGGGAUAGUCUAAGCCUAGGGGCAUCGAGCAGUCGGGAACAUUUCAAAUGCUGCUCUUCAAAUCUCACACAUUUCAUUGUUAAUCAUUUACUCUUAGUCAUGCUGGGAGGACUGUUCUCAGCUGUAGGUAGCAGUCUCUAAAUACAUACCUGCAUUGUAAGUUUAUGUAUACCAGAAGACCAGUUUAUCAGUAGUGGUUUUUCAACUUUAGAUGAGGAUGCAGUUUGUUUCCUCCUUGUCAGCAAGUAGGAAACUUGGGAUGUUGACAGUUCUGCAACAGCAAGUCACAGGUUUGGGAGAAUACUUGCAGUUACUGAUGUGUCCUCUACUGGGAAACUUAGUGCUAACCCUCAGAAUUUCUCUUUUUUUUUAAGUAGAAGUUGAAGCUGCAGUGGAUUUUUUUGUUGUUGUUUGUUUGUUUUUAAGAAACUCUUCUGUUUUUUGCACAUAGAUCACUUUACAAAUGCUGGACUAUUGACUAUUUAGAAGAACUGUGGAAUAUACUAUUGAUGUAUGCUUUGUAUUUGCUGUUGAGUGUCAUUGCAACUUCCAGGAAGUUGUGCGUAGGAGGGAGGAAGAGUGGAAGAUGACAAAGUAGUUAAAGUAUCUAGAGAAAUAGGUGGGUUUUUUUUUCCCAUCUUUUUGGCUUAUUUUAGUAGCAGAGUCACACAGAAUGUGACUGUGGAUAGAUCAGUCUUUUAAAAGCUUUUUUUGGGUGUGUUUCUGCUACUGUCCCUACUGAUGUUCAAAAAUAAACCCACCUCCACUUCAUAUGAGUAUGGUAUAGAGAAUUUAGACCACUAUUUUGGCUAUUUAUUAGCCAGUUGUACUUCUUUAGACAACUUCUCCAAAAUAAGUAUGUGUUAAUUUCAGGCUUGUGAUGCUUGUUCAGCAUAAAGUCGAUUGUUUUUAGAAGAGCUUUCUUAACAGUGAGGUGGAACUACCCACCAGCCCCACGUCACCGCCCCCCCAGUCCUUCCUCUUCUUUGUGACCGUUCAUAAUGUUCCUAUUUCCUGUGUCAACUGACACAGUCUUGCUUUAAUUUCUUCAAAGUUCAUCUCUUUUUCUGUGUAAGGCAUGUGAAAUAUAUUUUGCAUUUCUAUUUGAUUUAAUAAAUAAGAUGUUUAUAUCUUCCUCUAA